AUGGGUCUGCUGCGUUUGUUUAACUUAGUGGCGUUGGCCUUAAGCGGCGCUCAGCUGGUAACAGCUGUGCUGGUUUGGAAUACGGGCGGCGAGGCGGCGCUCUUUAUAUCAAUUGCUGUGCCCAUUGAUGUGCCGCGCAGUCAUGUCUUUAUGUCCUACAACUUUGAGGCUAGCUACAGACUGCCCAAGAAGUGGCGCAGGCAUCGCCAUCACUACAAGAGUAUUCACAACUUUGGAUCUGGCGAGCUCUGUCUGCUGCGAUUGAUUUGCGAAUCGAAUGCAGCGCGUCUGGGCGAGCACAAUGGCGUACUGGGCAGCCUAAUGCAAGUGAUGUUCAGCCCAAGCAGCUCCAAGGAUGAGCAGCUGCCACCACGUUAUUAUUUAGCGGAACAAAGAGGACAACGCGAUGAGUGUGAGCUCUAUGAACAGCGUUGCAAGCGCAGCUUAUUAGAUCUUAUAACGCGACCGAUUACGCACUUUAUAAACACUAAACUAUUAGCAAUUAAAUGA